CAGUACGCUUGUUGUCAAUAAAGUUCUUAAUUCAAAAACUCACGAGCGGUCAUGGUGGCCACCACGGUGGACAGGGGAAACUGGUUUCCAGCGUUAGCUCUGGGGGUUUCCUUCUUCAAAGCUCUGUUUAUCAACGCCUAUCAUUCCACAGACUUUGAGGUGCACAGGAACUGGUUGGCCAUCACACACAGCUUGCCGGUGUCCAGAUGGUACCAUGAGAAUACAUCAGAGUGGACGCUGGACUACCCACCGCUUUUCGCCUGGUUUGAGUUCGGUCUUUCCCAUGUCGCUCGGCACUUUGACAACAAGAUGCUGUCGGUGGACAACCUAAACUACGCCAGUCCGGCUACCGUCCUCUUCCAGAGACUCUCGGUCAUCUUCACGGACCUGCUUUUUAUCUACGCUGCCAGAGAAUGCUGCAGGUGCGUUCGUGAUCGGAAAGGAACACGGGACAUCUUUAAUCAGCCGUCUUUUGUCCUGGCUGUGCUGCUGCUCUGGAACUUUGGCCUUCUCAUUGUUGACCACAUUCAUUUUCAGUACAAUGGCUUCCUCUUUGGUUUUCUAUUGCUGUCCAUCGCCAAACACCUGCAGUCUCAGCACCUGCAGGGGGCGCUGCUUUUUGCCAUCCUCCUCAACCUGAAGCACAUCUACCUGUACGUGGCUCCGGCCUACGGCAUCUUCCUGCUGAGGAGCUACUGCUUUACACACGAUGGCUCCAUGAGAUGGCGGAGCUUCAACCCGCUUCGCCUGCUCGCUCUCGGCAGCAUUGUGGUUUCUGUGUGCGCGCUUUCCUUUGGCCCGUUUAUUACUAUGGGUCAGCUUCCUCAGGUGCUGUCCCGCCUCUUCCCCUUCAAACGAGGACUCUGUCACGCCUACUGGGCUCCAAACGUGUGGGCCCUCUACAACAUCUUAGAUAAAAGCCUAGCCACCCUGGGAGUUCGUUUGAAGCUUCUGAAAGAGACGACACUCCCUCGGGCCUCCAUGACGGGCGGGUUGGUUCAAGAAUUCCAACACUCUGUUCUUCCUUCUGUCACUCCGUCUGUCACACUCAUCUGCACUCUGCUGUCCAUCCUGCCGGCAUUGGCGUCCAUCUGGCGCCGUCCUCGCGGCGCUCGUGAGUUUUUACGCUGCCUGCUGCUGUGCGCGCUCGCCUCCUUUGCCUUCGGCUGGCACGUCCACGAGAAAGCCAUCCUCAUCGCCAUCCUGCCGCUCAGUCUGCUGGCAGUCGAGAGCAGAGAGGACGCUGGGAUCUUCUUGCUUCUCAGCACAGCGGGUCAUUACUCGCUCUUUCCCUUGCUCUUCACCCCGGCAGAGCUGCUCAUCAAAUGUGCACUGAUGCUGAUGUUCACCAUCUUCUCUUUUGCUGCUCUGGGGAGACUCCACAGUGGGCAGGGGUCCUUGCUUCACCCCCUGGAGGUGGUCUACCUCUCAGGUCUAGUUGUGGUGGCCGUCGCUUGCGAGCUCGUCUUUCCUUUGACGCCAUGGCAACAGAAGCUGCCCUUCCUCCCGCUGCUGGCCACGUCCGUGUACACCGCAUUGGGCGUCUGCUACUCCUUCUUACGUCUCUACGUGACGCUCAUGCGACAAGACAGUGGAAAGUCCAAACAGCUAUGAGACACUGUGUCGCGGGUUUCCAUUCCUGCGCUGAAGUUUGUCAGGUAACCAGCAGGAAUGCAAGAACUGUUUACAUUCAAUGGAUCAAUAAAGUUUCUGUUUUGCAUCUUG